CGGACUGUCGAUAUAAUCGACUCGCACAACACAGGCCAAACCCACGGAGCUCGUUGCGUUCCAAGCAUGGACCAACACGACGAUCGCCGCGUCGUGAGCCUCCAGCUUGGAUGCACCGGCGACCCCAGCGGAGCAGAUCGCCCGUCCGCCGUCGUUGCCGAGUCUGCCGACGGCGAUCCGUUAGUCGUCCCCGCCUCGGCGCUGCCCGCCGCCUUGGAGGAGGGCGGCGCGGGCGAGCACUGGUACCACGGGGACGCGGCGCCCUACACCCACGACGAGGAGCGGAGAGCAGGGCCGCGUUACCUCCUAUGGGUCUGGUUCGUGCUUCUCAACGGCUCAGGCAUUGCCUUCGGAUGGUUCUUCGGCUAUAUUAUCGCUAUGGGGAUGAAGGGCACGGCGAUGAAAGUGCUAGGGUACGCGCUCGGCAUGUGUGUCACGCUGCCGGUGGUUAGCCUCCUCUGGUGCCCUUCCGCGUGUGACCGUGAUGGUUGAACUUUGACGAUGGCCAGGAGUCAUGCAUCCAAGGACGUGCUAGCUCAUUGCAAGGGAUGUACAUUAAUUUUUCUAACAUUAUUAUUCGAGGUGGUCUUUUAACUGUUUUUUAGCAAAAUCAGCUCGGCUUUAUUAAACCGAGGUAAUGUUUACAAGUAUUACAUUUGGA